AUGUCCAAAUUAAAGGUAGAACGAAAAGGGUUGAACGAUAAGCUCUAUGAAAAGAGGAAAGCCACUGCUCUAAAUCUUGAAAAGCUCGUGAAGCAGUGUUUAGCAGAGGGAGAUUUUCAAAGGGUUGACAAGAUAUUUGAUGAACUAUGUCGUGACUUUGCAUAUGCGCUCCAUCAACCGAUGGCACGCAAUGCUGGCUUAAUGGGACUAGCUGCGGGGGCGAUCGCGCUAGGCUCUACGGAGGUUGCUAGAUAUUUGGACCGGAUUCUGCCCCCCGUGCUGGCAUGUUUUGGAGACCAAAAUGAUCAGGUGCGGUUCUACGCGUGUGAAAGUCUCUAUAACAUUGCCAAGAUUGCAAAGGGGGAAAUUCUAGUUUAUUUUAACGAGAUUUUUGAUGUUCUAUGCAAAAUAAGCGCAGAUACUGAAACAUCCAUCCGGGGAGCUGCUGAGCUUUUGGAUAGACUGAUUAAGGAUAUUGUUGCAGAGCGAGCCUCCAAUUAUGUGAGUGUGGUAAAUAACGAUCCAAAAGACCUGCCUCUUGCAACCCGAACUGACCCUCAGACAGGCGAAGUUGUUCAGGAAGAAUACAAUCAGGAUCCGGAGUUUGCCUUUUCUCUGCCUAAAUUCAUACCGCUACUGACUGAGCGAAUAUAUGCAAUAAAUCCGGAUACCAGAAUGUUCCUCGUCUCAUGGCUGCAAGUGCUGGAAAAUAUUCCUGAUCUAGAGUUGAUCUCCUAUCUGCCUUCUUUCUUGGGGGGGCUUUUCACUUUUUUAGGAGAUUCGCACAAGGAUGUUAGAACGGUUACUCAUUCUUUGCUUGAUCUUUUGCUUCAUGAGGUGCAGCGCAUUUCUGAAGUUAAAGCAUUAGUUCAGAAAAAGCUGCUUGAAGAGGCACCUAAGCGUUUAGUCUCGGAGGAUAAUGCGUCAAAGAAACAGGACGGUAUUCUUAUAAGUGAGAGGAAAAAAUCUUUGCUGACUGCUUUCGAACAGCUCUCAAUGACUGACGCAGCUAAUCCUCAAAAAAAUAGAAACUCAUCAAACGUUGACGAGCUUAAAUCAAACGAUGGUGGAAACACCAUCAACGAAAUCUCUGAAACAAAUUCAGCAAACAAAUCUAAGAGCGCUGAACUGAGCGACUCCCGCAACGGAGACCUGUACUGCCCUGGCCAAGACAUUCAUCUAGAUUUUCCAAAAAUCAUAGAAAUUCUCAUAAAUACCUUAGGUUUAUCUGAGCCCGAAAUUCAGCUCGUGGCUUUAACCUGGAUUGAAACAGUGUUAGGAAUCUCGGCAACAUCAUUUCUCCCCUUUGUAUCGAGGCUUCUAUCGCUAUUACUUAAAAUUUUGAAUGAUGUUGAUCCUAAGGUCAGAAAGUUGGCGCAUUCUGUUAACGAGAGGUUGAUAGAGCUUACGGGAAGGUUCGAUGACCGAGAGGGGCCAGAAGCCAUAAACUAUGGUCCCGUUGUCAACACCCUGACUCUCCACUUUCUGGAUAGCGACGUAGUUGCCAAAGUUGCUUGCCUCGAAUGGUUAAUCUUAAUAUAUCACAAAGUCCCUGAUGAAUUGCUUGAACACAGUGACAGUACUUUCCUCACGCUCCUCAAAUCUCUUUCGGACAAAGAUAAUCAACUAACUUCUAAAGCCCUUCAGUUAUUGAGCGACUUGUGCAAUAACUCGAAUGAGGAGUAUUUCAAAAAGUUCAUCAGAGACCUACUUCUGUUGUUCAAGAAUGACAGGAAGUUACUGAAAACAAGAGCCAACCAUAUCUUUAGGCAAUUAUGUGUGAAGCUUACUGCAGAGAAAGUGUACAAUGUCGUUGCGUCAAUUUUGGAGCAUGACGGCAAUACUGCCUUCGUGAGAAUGAUGAUACAAAUACUAAACACAAACUUGAUUACUGCCCCUGAACUUGGGCAUCUACGAAGAAAGUUGAGGGCAAGCAGUGGCGAAGAACUGUUUUCUUCACUUUUCAAGUGCUGGUCACACAAUCCGGUAUCCCUCCUUGCGCUUUGUUUAUUGUCAGAGAAAUACGAGCUCGCUUAUUACAUUUUGCAAACGUUCGUGGAAUAUGAAAUAUCAGUCAAUGAUCUGGUUCAAAUCGAUAUAUUAAUUCAGUUGUUGGAAUCCCCUAUUUUUACCGGACUGAGACUUCAGCUCCUCGAGCAAGAUCAAUAUCCCUACCUUUACAAGUGCCUGUAUGGCAUUUUGAUGGUUUUGCCACAGUCAAAAGCUUUUCAAAUUUUGAAUACAAGGUUGAAUAGUGUCAGCAAGCUGGCAGCUCAAAAAAUCCCAUCAAGCAAGCUCUAUAGUUUGAGAAAUGGUUCAGGUAUUGCGAGCGGGGCAUCUUUGUCUUCAGAAUCUCUGAAUUCUACUAGCUCAGGCUACCGUAAAAACAAUAUGUUCCAAAGCAGUCUGGAUCAUUUUAGGAACGUUUGUGAGUCUGAGUUGAGUACACAGAUGUCCACUAGUGCCGAAGAGUCUAAUUUUGCCCUUUUAGAUGAAGUUUUAACACCUCGAACAAUGCCUGUCAGCGGUAGGCAGCAGUCCGAAGAUUCCAGCGAUCACUAUAAAGAUGAUAGCGAGUCUGUCAUUUUCAGAGCUUAA